AGAAAACAUUAUUUUUAAAGUUCUUUGAAAGCAAAACGCAAAGUACUAAUCGGAAUUGGAUGUGUAGCACCUGUCCAAAAUUCGUCACCUAAAGUGGUCGCUGAAUAACAAGUUUGGUGUACCAAAACGCUUGUUUUGUUAUCAAAUCAUUUAACCAAUGACCAUCCUCAAUCAUCGUAAAUUCUUAACUAUGAGUUUCCGCAGUUACAGUACCAAGAAGCUGCUACCGAAGUACGAUAUAGUAAUAGUUGGCGGUGGUAUGGUUGGAUUCGGUCUGGCUGCAGUUGCCGCGGCUUCCAAAUUUCUUGAUAAGAAAAGUAUAUUGUUGCUGGAAAGUUCUCCUAAAAAAAAGUAUCAAAAUAAAGAGACGUAUGAAAAUCGCGUUGUUGCUCUCAAUGACCUUUCCGUAAAUAUGCUUAAAAAUAUUGGUGCGUGGAAAUUUAUUCAAUCUUUCCGUUUUCAGCCUGUAAAUAAAAUGAAAGUAUGGGAAACAAGGUCGAACACUUACCUGACGUUUCAACGCAAUCCAUUGGCAUAUAUAGUAGAAAACGAUUUAGUUAUCGAAUCUCUCCGUAAUUGUUUAGAAUCUAUUAAUCAUUCUUCAAAUUUGACAAUAUUAUAUGAAACGCAGGCUGAAAAUAUCCAGCUACCCUCUCUUAAUCAUCCAGAACGUUUAGUUCAUGUAGACGUUCAACAAAAAACACAGAAAAAUCGUGAAACUGUCGAAACGGAUCUACUUAUUGGUGCUGAUGGAUUCAAUUCACUUGUUCGUAAAGCGGCUGAUAUUCAUACAAUCGGUUGGAAUCAUAAUCAAAAAGCUAUUGUAGCCACUUUAAAAUUAGAACAGAGUAAUGAUGAAUCUGUCGCUUGGCAAAGGUUUCUUCCAACUGGCCCAAUCGCAUUACUACCAUUGUCGAAAGAAUAUUCAUCAUUGGUUUGGAGUACUACUUCGUAUGAAGCUGAUCGUCUCAUGAAUUUAAAAGAUUCCGAUUUUAUUCAAGAGUUGAAUUACUGUUUAACUAAACCUAAUAAAUCGACGUCACAAAUCGGUACAAUUUUUAAUAAGAUGGGGCAGUGUUUUGCCCGUGUUAUCGAUUAUUUUGAUAAGCAAACAAAAACUAUCGAUAAUGAUAGUCAACCGACUUCAUUUUCCAUACCAUCAGUAGUAUCAAUUCAAGAAAAUACGAAAAGAGCUUGUUUCCCCAUAGGUUUUCAACAUGCCACCUCUUAUUCAGCUCCUCGUGUUGCAUUAGUUGGUGAUUCAGCUCAUCGAAUACUACCGCUUGCCGGUCAAGGAGUUAAUCUUGGUUUCGCAGAUGUUAUUUCAUUGGUUACUCAUUUAGAAGAAGCUCUUUCUCAUGGAGCUAAUAUUGGAAGCUCAGCUUACCUUAAAGACUAUACAAAUGAACGACAAAAAAUUGUAGUUCCACUCGCUGGCACACUAGAACUAAUCAAUUUAUUAUAUUCCACUGACGCAUAUUGUAAUCAAAAAAUGAAGGGAUCACCUAUAUAUCAAAAUUCUCCGAUGUCACAUUUUAUAAAUAAUAUUUUCACAGAUGUUCGUGGAGCUGGAAUGAAUGCGGUUCAAUCUAGUAAUUUAUUAAAGUCACUUUUAAUGGAAGUAGCCGUCUCUGGACAAAUCCGAACAUCGCAAUGGGAAUCACCUUAUCAUUUGUAGUUAAAUUAUUUUCUGUGAUGUUUUUACUAGCAAUAAAAUUCAAUAGUUAAUUUUAAAACAA